AUGCUGCUUUCUUUAAAUAAAUCCUCGAUGAAAAGUCUUUUUAGAAGCACAAAUCAUUCAUGUGAAAGCUUAACAGAAAGAGAAGGAAGAAGAUCAUCAGCUGAAAAUUUAAAUAUAAAUGCAUAUUUAAGUUCUUUAUAAAUGAUGAGUGAUCGUAAAGAUGUUGACAAAAAGAUAUUCAAAAAUUUAAUUUAGAUUAAAAACAAAAAGACUCCUAUUAAGCAAAAUCUUUUUGCAAGUAAUUCAGUUAAAGAAUUAAAUUAAUCAACUUAAUAAUCAGCAUCAAGAUAAAAACCUUUUACAAGAGCCAGAUUUGCAUCUCAAAGAUCAACAAUUUUAGGUAAAUAAGCUUAAGCAUAAGAAUAAUAUGAUGAAUAAAAUAGUGAUAAACUUUAAUAACUUAAUGAAUCUCUCUUUAAACUUGUAGGAUUAUUAAUUAAAUUAAAAGAAGAAAUGAAUAAUAAUCGAAAGUUUUAUCUAUAAAUAUUUAAACUUAUUGGCUUAAAGAAACAUCUAUAAAAAUUAUUAAUCAAUUUCGAAACAUAAACAAUAAUCGAACCUUUAAAUGUAUACUUUUUAAAAUAAAAUAUAUGCAUCAAAGAACACAUUAUGGAUGGAACCACACUUUUAACUUUAGAUACUUAUAACUUUAAUAUUAUUAGAGAUAUCAAUUUUUUAAUUGAAAAAAUAGAUGAGUUGUAAAUCCAAACUGAAGCAAAUGGAAUUCGAUAACUUGAAUAUAAAGUAUCUCUCAUUCUUUUUAUUAGAUUACAGAUGAAAUAUAUAAUCUCAAAAUGGAAUAAAAUAAAAUGAAACAUAAAAGAGUCUAAAGUCCUAAAUUAUUGUUUCAACAAAGAACCAUGAGAAAUAACUUAUUACCAGAAGGUAUUGAAUUAAUCGAAUAAAAAUUUGGACCAUUUCCACUUAUUUAAAAUAAAAACAAAAUCAUUCAUAAUUAGAUUUAGACUAUAAUUAAUAAUCUCAAUAUCAAAUUUAAAUAUUGA